GGGAAGGAGACAUGCUGUGAGGUCACCUAUGGGAGAGCAGCCCCAGCCCCAGGCAGGAGGGGCCAGGCAGGGAACUGGGCAGGGAGGCCUGCCCCCCACGGUGCCCACGUCCCAACCCCAGAACCUGCGAGCUUGUUUCCUUGCGAGGCAAAAUGUGUUGCCCCUCAGUGCUGACAAUAUGGGUCUGGGUGCCGUGGGGCGACGUGAGAGGCUCCAGGGACCUGAGAGAGGGGGCCGAGGACCUGUGCUCCCUGGUGGCUCAGAGAGGAGGGAUGUGGACGGGUGCUGGCAGAGGCUGUGCCGGAGUGGCCGGGCGGGCGGGGAGGAAAACCGGGAGAGAAUUUCAUGCAGAGAAAGGUCAAGAGGUGUCCAAGGCCCCGAGGUCAAAGAGAAAGGUCAGGAGGCGUCCAAGGCCCCGAGGUCAAAGAGAAAGGUCAGGAGGCGUCCAAGGCCCCGAGGUCAAAGAGAAAGGUCAGGAGGCGUCCAAGGUCCCGAGGUCAAAGAGAAAGGUCAGGAGGCGUCCAAGGCCCCGAGGUCAAAGAGAAAGGUCAGGAGGCGUCCAAGGCCCCGAGGUCAAAGAGAAAGGUCAGGAGGCGUCCAAGGCCCCGAGGUCAAAGAGAAAGGUCAGGAGGCGUCCAAGGCCCCGAGGUCAAAGAGAAAGGUCAGGAGGCGUCCAAGGCCCCGAGGUCAAAGAGAAAGGUCAGGAGGCGUCCAAGGUCCCGAGGUCAAAGAGAAAGGUCAGGAGGCGUCCAAGGCCCCGAGGUCAAAGAGAAAGGUCAGGAGGCGUCCAAGGCCCCGAGGUCAAAGAGAAAGGUCAGGAGGCGUCCAAGGCCCCGAGGUCAAAGAGAAAGGUCAGGAGGCGUCCAAGGCCCCGAGGUCAAAGAGAAAGGUCAGGAGGCGUCCAAGGUCCCGAGGUCAAAGAGAAAGGUCAGGAGGCGUCCAAGGCCCCGAGGUCAAAGAGAAAGGUCAGGAGGCGUCCAAGGCCCCGAGGUCAAAGAGAAAGGUCAGGAGGCGUCCAAGGCCCCGAGGUCAAAGAGAAAGGUCAGGAGGCGUCCAAGGCCCCGAGGUCAAAGAGAAAGGUCAGGAGGCGUCCAAGGCCCCGAGGUCAAAGAGAAAGGUCAGGAGGCGUCCAAGGCCCCGAGGUCAAAGAGAAAGGUCAGGAGGCGUCCAAGGCCCCGAGGUUGAACAAGACAGAACAAACGUGUGUACAAUGGGCUUGGCAACCUGCAACCUCAGCUAGUGCAGACUGGGGGGUGGUAGU